CAAGCGCUUCCCCGCUUAAAACAUGCAGAAUGUAAUCUUAAUCAGGUUUAUUAAACGAGGUGCCGCUAUUUAGAUUCAUACACAUCGCGAGAUUACAGGCGCAUAUAGCGUGCUUAGCAACCGCUGUUGUCUGGUUCGUUUACUCCGCCUACUUCGGAGAGUCGCACGAUCUGACCAAUCAGAUUAAAUCUUGUGUCAUGUCUACCAAUAAGAAUCGUCCGGAGAGCGGCAUUAUCCUGCCGUGUUCCGUGUGGAAAGUUUACCGGUUCGGGUGCAAAGUUUCAGCCGUCUGCAAACCUGAGCUCGUCGGCAAACGUAUCUGGAAUACGCUGGUGUCGACCUCGGUAUAUGUGAACGGGAACUCGAAUAAUUUGCCGGAUUAAUUUGACUUUUGGUUGUCUUCAGCUCUAGCCGAGUGAUGCUUCCGUCGCUGGGUAACAGCAGUGUGUAAAGACGAUGUUAGCAUCGACCGUAUUGUCUCAGGGCGCCAGCUAGCUUAACACCAGUCGUUAGCACGGAUCGGUGUUCUAACUGAGAGAUAGCGAACGGUAGCUGAUGUUCCGGUGAGCUCGUUACAAGACGAAGUAAAACGUUAUUUAACGUUAACUCGAAACUUUACUCGACAAAAAGGACCGAGGAGAAGAAAACAUGGAUUGCGAGCCUAAUCGUUUGCGGCUGCUCUGCAUGCUCUCAUUGACUUUUAUUUUUUUUAUUGUGGAGGUGGUGGUCAGUCGGAUGACUUCAUCCCUGUCGAUGCUGUCGGACUCCUUUCAUAUGUUGUCGGACGUUAUUGCGCUGAUCGUGGCUCUGGUCGCGGUGCGUUUUGCCGAGAAAACCCACGCGACCAACAAAAACACCUUCGGGUGGAUCCGGGCGGAGGUGAUGGGGGCGCUCGUCAACGCCGUCUUCCUCACGGCGCUGUGCUUCACCAUCGUCCUGGAGGCUGUCGAGCGGUUCACCGAGCCCCAGGAGAUCGACAGCCCGCUGGUGGUCGCCGGAGUCGGUGCCGCGGGGCUUCUGGUCAACCUGCUCGGACUCUGCUUGUUCCGCGGCCACGCCGGCCACGGGCACUCGCACGGAGGUCACUCGCAUGGGAAUAAAAACAAGAGGGGCAAAACCGGUAAGUCCCAGAAGGCUGGCAACGGGUCUUCAGGAGAGGAAACGAACAACCUGGUGGGGAAUCACAACAGCCCGGGUGACGUGAGACUGAGAAAUGAAAUCGGCUGUAAGGACGACACCGAAGUGCAGAUCAAUGGAAACCCCCACUAUGAGGAUAUGGACCAUGACGCCGCGGGGCAGCUCAACAUGCGUGGCGUCUUCCUGCACGUCUUGGGCGACGCCCUCGGCUCCGUCAUUGUGGUGGUCAAUUCCUUAAUAUUUACCUUUGUGUGGCAGCCCUGCAUAGAAGGCGAGGCCUGUGUGAACCGGUGCAUCAACAGCCACAGCACCGACCACCAUCAUGUCAACCACACUCUGGUGGACCUGCUGGACGGCCCCACCGUGUCGGCCAUGAAGUUUGCGGGCCCUUGCUGGGUUCUCUACCUGGACCCCACCCUCUGCAUCAUCAUGGUGUGCAUCCUGCUGUACACCACCUACCCGCUGCUCAAGGAGUCCGCCCUCAUCCUGCUGCAGACCGUGCCCAAGCAGAUCAACGUGCACGGGCUCAACGAGCGCCUCCUCUGUCUGGACGGCGUCCUGGCGAUCCACGAGCUGCACAUCUGGCAGCUGGCCGGCAGUCGCAUCAUCGCUACGGCGCAUAUCAAGUGCCACGACCCCACGUCUUACAUGGAGGUGGCGAAGCGCAUCAAGGACUUCUUCCACGACGAGGGCAUUCACGCCACCACGAUCCAGCCCGAGUUCGUCACGUUCACCUCCGAGUCUCGGGACUCGCUCUGCGAGCUCUCCUGUCGGACUCAGUGCGCUCCCAAGCUGUGCUGCGGCUCUGCAGACAAGCCCAACGCCGGCGCCGACAGGAGCGCCAGCGACGAUUGCCGGGCUGUCGCCGGUUCCGCCCUGGAGGUGAUCCUCGAGACCCCGGAGCAGGCUGCAGUGGCGCAGGCGCUCCCUCGAUCGGAGGCCGAGACCACCGUCACCAGAGAGGUGGAGUCGUCUCUGUGAGAUGGAGGGGGUGGAGCGCAACGAAGGAAACGCUGGGAAACCACACUGGGCUGCCAUCGAGGUCAUGGCCGCUGUUAUCGUUUUGACCUGCGGCCCGAUCGAGAAAGCAUUUCCCAUAGCUUUUGUUCCGUCAUUACCCCGUUAUGGCUGAACCCCCCCCCACACACACACACACUCACUGAAACCCUGUGCCCUUGUGUUUGAGUCGUUCUCGUCGCCGUUCCUCUCUCUGUACCUCUUUCCAUUCCCUCUCUCGAGGCGUUGAUGCAUGUUGGGGUUCACAUCCCGUGUUUCCUCCAGGACUGGAGCGAGACUUGCAUGAUUGUUCCUCCUUGUGAUGCGGCAUCUCGUCCGCCGGUGUUUACGUGCCAAAGCUUCACGCUGCCAGACCGAAGGGAUGCGAGAGACGGCCUCUCCUCUAACGGACGACACAUGCCGGUCGGAGCGCACGCCACGAGGUUCUGCCGUUUAGCCCGUCGGCCGGUUGGCACACGUUUCUUUGAGCAGAGCUUUUUUUCGUUCCCUCUGGCCCCAAAUGGAAGAGUAUUGUUUAAUAAUUUAAGUUAUUAGAAAGGAUAUAUUUCUCUCUGUAAAUGCCGUUUGGAUGAUAGCAACACUUUUGCAAUGUUUCCGUCUCAAACUUUUUGACAGACCAUCUAUGCUGUAGGCAGUUUUUCAAAUGUGACAUUUUCUAAUGAUUCUUUGUUUCUCACGGCGCUUCUCUGGCCGCGACUCGGUUUGACUCGCAGUCCUUAGUUGGAUACAGUUGCCGUGCCUUUUUAAAUGCAAAGACCUGCUGCCGGUAGAGCACCAAGUAUUAUUGGGCCAGCCCCCGGCCCGAAGGUCGGCUGUGUUGUGGAGGAAUGAGCGCUGGAUGCGGUCACGCAAACACGACUGUUUCAAUCUGAACCGGAGAGCGUCCUGCUGGUCGUUGUUCAUUCUACGUUCUUCUACGUUUGCAUGACCACACUGAGACCUAGUGUUCAGGAGCACCAGUUGCUGCUUACCAGUACCUGCUGGUAUCCGCCAACAUUACGCAUAACUUAGAGAAUGACUCGUUCUUUAGCUUUUCCGUCUUCUCCUUUGGACUGCCGAGCAGGCUGUUUCUUUUCUUUCUGAACUGAAGUCCAUACGGUGGCCUUUUUGCAAUUGGUGAAUUUCCCCUCAUCACCACAUAUUUCAUCUCUUGGUGGUCCAUUGAUGUCGUUAACAUUUCCACUCCUGAGUAAAUGUGUAUGCAAUAUAGACAUGUAUUAUGACUCAUUCGUUCAUGUUUGGUCACUUUUAUUCUGUUUUUAAGACUUGAGCUCUGUGUGCAAAUUGAAAACAAGUGUUUUUUUAAUUUUAGAUAUGACAUGUCAACUGAUGUGUUUUGAUAUACUAUAUAUAUAUAUCUACAGUACCUGUCCAAUGUGUCAUUGUGAAAUAAAUCAAAAAAACUGUCUGUUUGGUACAGUUGAAGACCC